UUUUAUUUUAUUACUAAAAGCUAAUUAUAACUUUUAUUUAAAUUAUGUUGAAUUAUUUUAUUUUUAGACGAACGAUUUAAAAAAACUGCUGCGCAUGCGUCUGUGUCCCCUCAUCCCGGUAGCCAAUCAUCUUCCUGUUUAUCCGGCGGGAAUCGCUUUUCAUGUCCUCUAAUCCGUUAUUUAUGUUUGGUUAGAAAAACGGUUUGAGCUGCGUGAACCGUAAACAAACCCCGCCAUUCGUGCACCCGUGACGUGUGAUUAUUAUGCCCCUUCAGAGCGGAUGUUUCCCGCCAGUUGGUCAGACCCAAUGUGAUGAAGCCUCAUCCGCAAAUCGAGCACACUCCAGAGAUUUCCAGCAGACGAAGAGCCCUCUUUCCAGACAGCUCCCCGUGCGACGACGAUCUAGGGUGCAUAAGUCCUCUGGACUUCGACGAGGGCUGUGCCAAAAACGUCUUUUCACUAGAUACAUGUGUCGGGGAUUACGACAUCAUCGGUCUCGUGGAAAAGGGACACACGGUCCACACUCCAAACAACACUAACACCACUACUAAAGUCAUCACUCCUUGCACCACCAAUGAGUCGCCAACACAGAAACUUAAAACACCACAUGAUACGCACACCAACACCGUUUUUCCUAAAUUAAUACGUAAUAAGACGCAGGUUGACACAGCCCCCAACCAAGACUGUAAAAAUCCAAAAGUACGUACCGCUCUGUUUCCUGACAAGGACAUGUCUCUCCCUUCCAGAAAUUUUUAUCCUAAGACCGAUAACGAGGUUCUGCCACGACCUUUUGCCCUCACCAAGAAACCAAGCCCCGAAAAAACGCACAGAAGAAAGACCUAUUUUUUAUGCAACAAGAGGAGUAAAUUCAGUCGAUCAGGACAAAUCAAUGCGGGAGUCAGCCACAAGAUAAAAAAGAGAAAAAUCCGAAAAAUCAGCAAAAUUGCGGCUCUCGAAGCCGCAAUCAACAUAAUUGAAAACUCUCCUCUCAACGCAAUCUUCGAUUCUGUUGUUUCAAAUUCUGAGUCGGUCGAAGCAGCCCCUGAAUGCAUUCAGACAGCCCCUGAAGCUGCUCCUUGCUGUCCAACACCCAGUCCAACACCCAGUCCUGAGCCUGAUCCAUCAAAAAGAUUCUUCAAAUCUUCCCGCCACAAAGCCGUAGUCACAGUAAACCCCAACAUAAAGCUCGAAAUGAACAACGGUCGGAUUAGUUUAAUUCAGAACAAAAAUCCCCUUAAACGGGUCAGAGUACAAGAGGGCGUCAGUCCUAAACGUCCAAAAUUGGAUUUCGAACCUGAACAACCCUUAAUUCCUACUGACGAAAUUUCGAAUAUCAUUAAUUCUCUCGAAGAUAAAGAAAAUGAGAGGAAAAACCCGGAUUUGUUAAUGUCUCCAACGUCCCAGAUGUGUAAUAUGACCUCGGGACUGGCUUUGAACAGUCCGAAAAAAGCGAGGGACUUAAGCUCGGUUUUGGAUGCUAUGCCGUCGAACGAGAAGAAAUUUUUUCCUAUUUUCUAUCCCGGAAAAACGGUUUUUCCUUCUCCAGUUAAGGAACAUAAGGUCUCGAACGGGACGAAGAAGUUUAGGCCGAUUUCUAAGGACCAGAUGUUAUUAGAUGCAGGACAGAAGAGAUGGGGGGCUACUCAGUGUCCUGAGUGUAAAAUUAUUUAUCAUAUGGGAGACCCGGGCGAUGAAAUAAUGCAUCUGAAUUAUCACAAUGCCGGGCAUAUUUUCCGGUUUAAUGGUUGGAAAAAUGAACGCGUCGUCUCGAACGAUCUACGCAACGGGAAGAUCAUCCAAAUUAUACCGGGUGACUCCAAAAUCUGGUGGAAGAAAGUCAAAGACGUGAUGGAAGUGGUCAACCGAGAUUUGGGGUACUUUGAUAUUGAAUUCAACACAGCUAAUUCACAAAUAUUCUUCUAUGUCAAAAGUAAAGUUAUAAUCGGGGCUUUAGUGGCAGAAGUCAAAACUACCGCUCAUAAGUUACUAACAACCCACCAAGACCAAGUGGAUUUAUGUUCAGAGGAGUCUUACCCUGUGAAAUGUGGUGUUUCCCGGAUUUGGGUAGCCCACAAUCAUCGACAGAAGGGCGUAGCAACAUCUCUUAUGGACGCACUUAAGAGAAAUUUUGUAUUUGGUGCGAUUUUAAGGAAUGAAGACAUUGCCUUCAGCUCCCCGACUGAAGAAGGUAAAAUUUUUGGGGCGAAAUACUUCAAAACUCCAAAUUUUCUUAUUUAUUUUGUAUAAUUAUUUAAUACCAUAUUUCAAACAUUUUUAUACCCACAAGACCAAUCAAUAUACUUUUCUACAUA